UACAACGCACUCUCUCUCUCUAAGACUAAAACACACCCUCUCUCUAACUUUCUUCUCAGAAUUUUCUUCUUUUUUUCGAUUCCUUUUAUUUAUUGGUGUUUUCUCACUCCUUUUUCAGUUCACAUAAUUAUUUCCUCUCUCGUAUUAAUGUCGGAAAAGGGCCGACCACUACCAAAAUUUGGUGAAUGGGAUGUCAAUGAUCCAGCCUCGGCUGAGGGGUUCACAGUGAUUUUUAAUAAGGCCAGGGAUGAGAAAAAGACAGGUGGCAAUCCUGAGUCACCAGGAAAGGCUGCGACUGAACUUCAUAGCAAACCUGCAUUAGAUCCUGCCAAACCUCAGAGUAAAAAAUGGUUCUGCUGCAUACAAAACCCUCCUGCAGAAUCAUAACAACGCCGGCUCAGGUGAAACAGAACAACGAUGUUUAUGUGUAACUAGCUCCACAGUAUUUUCUCAAAAGAUAGGAGCUGUAGAGCCAUACUGGAAUUUAUAUUCUGUGCUGUAAAAGUGAGCUGCAAUGGGGGAAAGUAAAGAAGACAAACUAUUAUUUAUGUGUGUGUAUCAAUGUUGUGGUUUAUGAUUAGGAGCCAAGGUUGCUUCCUGUUUUGCCUUGUCUUAUCAGCUAGAGCGUUGUUUGUCACACUGUAUUUCUUGUAUUAUCAAACAAAUCCUAUUUUAUGAAUGCAUUCUAUCUAUUACUUUGA